ACCCAACUCUCCCUUUCCUGUCUCUCUCUCUCUCUCUCUCUCUUCAAAAGCUUUCGUCAGAGGAACAGCGAUGGAUGGCGCACGGAUAAGCUAGCUCUGAGUUUCAGCAGCAGAGCUGAGACCCAGUUCAGUCAUCGUUAUUCCAAGAAAAAAGCCCGGGCCUUUCUCUCCAAGAAUCGCCGAUUUCAUCCUGUUUUCAUGGAGGUUUUGGAGAGGGAAUUGAGAUUGAGCUAGCUCAAUCCGCCUUGGUGUUGGGUUUGGGCCUUUUCUUUCGUUUCUUGAUUCUGAGCUGAGAUUGAGCUUCUUCCUUUUUUUUGAAGUUGAUGCAUUCGAGAUUUGGGGUUGGAUUGAGGGCCUGGAUGAACCGGGGGUGGGCUGGCAUGAGGUUUGGGGUGAUGAAUCUGGUUUGGGAGUUUAGGGUUUGCCGAGCUGGUGCUGUUCUUGGUUAAAGCUGAGCACUUUGUAUGGCUUAAUUGUGUGGAUAAUCGCAAUUAAGGGUUUAAUUACACUGCGUAUCCUACAUAUAUACUUAUAUAAAUAAUUGAAGGGUGGAGGAGAAAUAAUGAAGCUUUCAACAUCAGGAAUGGGUCAGCAGCCUCAUGAGGGAGAGAAGAAGUGUUUGAAUUCAGAGCUGUGGCAUGCUUGUGCUGGUCCUCUGGUGUGCCUUCCAACAGUCGGGAGCCGAGUUGUUUACUUUCCCCAGGGUCAUAGUGAGCAGGUAGCCGCUACGACUAAUAAAGAAGUGGAUGGCCAAAUUCCCAAUUAUCCAAACUUGCCGGCCCAGUUGAUCUGUCAGCUCCACAAUGUCACAAUGCAUGCAGAUGUUGAAACUGAUGAAGUGUAUGCUCAAAUGACAUUGCAACCCCUGACUGCGGAAGAGCAAAAAGAUACUUAUCUUCCCGUUGAGUUGGGAAUUCCCAGCAAGCAGCCAACUAACUAUUUUUGCAAGACACUCACAGCAAGUGACACUAGUACUCAUGGUGGCUUCUCUGUUCCUCGUCGAGCUGCAGAGAAAGUUUUCCCUCCUCUGGAUUUUUCACAGACGCCACCUUGCCAAGAACUCAUUGCAAGGGAUCUACAUGAUGUCGAAUGGAAGUUCAGACAUAUUUUCCGAGGGCAGCCCAAGCGACAUCUUCUUACUACUGGCUGGAGUGUGUUUGUCAGUGCCAAAAGACUUGUUGCAGGAGAUUCUGUUCUUUUCAUCUGGAAUGAGAAAAAUCAACUGCUGCUGGGAAUUCGCCGUGCAAUCAGACCACAAACUGUAAUGCCAUCAUCGGUCCUGUCAAGUGACAGUAUGCACAUUGGACUUCUAGCUGCUGCUGCUCAUGCUGCAGCUACUAAUAGUUGUUUCACUGUGUUUUUCAAUCCACGUGCAAGCCCGUCUGAGUUUGUCAUACCUCUUUCAAAGUACAUUAAGGCUGUGUAUCACACCCGUGUCUCUGUUGGGAUGCGCUUUAGGAUGCUUUUUGAAACAGAAGAAUCAAGCGUCCGCAGAUACAUGGGAACAAUUACUGGCAUCGGUGACUUGGAUGGUGUUCGUUGGCCAAAUUCUCACUGGAGGUCUGUUAAGGUUGGUUGGGAUGAGUCUACUGCCGGUGAAAGACAACCAAGGGUAUCGUUAUGGGAAAUUGAACCGUUGACUACUUUUCCCAUGUACACGUCCUUAUUUCCCCUCAGGCUAAAAAGACCUUGGUAUCCAGGACUCUCAUCCUUCCAAGACAACAAUAACAGUGAAGUCAUGAAUGGAAUGUCGUGGCUAAGAGGGGAAAUGGGAGAGCAUGGAGGAGGACCACCACCACAAUCACUGAAUCUUCAGUCUUUUGGUAUGGUUCCAUGGAUGCAACAGAGAGUAGAUCCAGCUUUGCUUCGGAGCGACUUUAAUCAGCAGUACCAAGCUAUGCUUGCUGCUGGUUUGCAGACCAUGGGAAAUUCCGCAGAUCCGUUCAAACAGCAACUAAUGCAGUAUCAACCUCCCAUCCAUUAUAUGCAAGCUUCGGGUAGCAAUAACAAUCCAAUGUUUCAGCAGCAGCAGCAGCAGCAGUUAAUCCAGCAGACCCAAAUGCUAUCUGAGAGCCUUCAAAGGCCUCCCCAACAGCAAACCAGCAGUAGUCAGUCCGAGGAACCAGUCAAACAACAUGCUUAUCAUGACGCUUUCACUAUGCAGAAUAUUCCCUCUUUUCCAAAGAAUAACUUUGCAGAUUCAAAUGCAAAAUUUGUGUCGCCGGUUUCUCCUUCAAGCAUGCAGUCUAUGUUGGGUUCCCUUUGUCCAGAAGGGAAUACUAGCAAUAAUCUCUUGAAUUUCAAAAGAAUGGGUCAGUCUAUGGUCAAUGAGCAGCAGCAGCAGCAGCAACCCCAACAGUCAUGGUUGCCGAAAUAUACCAACAACUCGGCUUCUAGUCAACAGCAGGUGACUUGUGGUGUAGAUGCCCAAAACCAACAAUCGUUUUUCGGCUCUAAUAUAGACUCUUCUGGACUUCUCCUUCCUACCACUUUGUCAAGCGUUACUACUUCAGGUGUUCAUGCAGAUAUGUCAUCUGUGCCAACAGGAUAUCCGAACUCCCCAUAUGGUUACAUGCAAGACUCGUCUGAGCUGGUGUCCAGUGUGGGACAAGUUGACCAAUCAACCCCUGCUCCUACAUUUAUCAAGGUCUACAAAUCAGGAUAUGUUGGGAGGUCAUUGGAUAUCACCCGAAUCAGCAACUAUCAUGAGCUGAGGCAGGAAUUGGCUCAGAUGUUUGGAAUAGAAGGGUUACUUGAAGACCCCCAAAGAUCAGGCUGGCAGCUUGUAUUUGUUGACAGGGAGAAUGAUGUUCUUCUCCUUGGAGACGACCCGUGGGAGGCUUUUGUGAAUAAUGUCUGGUACAUCAAAAUCCUUUCGCCCGAGGACGUGCAGAAGCUGGGAAAGCAAGAAGCUGAUUCCCUUAGUGGAAAUUCAAUGGAGAAGAUGCAUGGCAAUGGCGGGGCUGAUGGAAGAGAUCACCUCUCCGGAUUUCCUUCCCUAGGAUCACUCGAGUAUUGAUUUGUAGUUUUUCCACUUUCGUCAUCGAUUUGGACUCGACGUGUUAAAACCACCUUUAUUCCCAUCUAUCUAGACUCUAUUUAUUAGCUUUGUUCAGUGACUCAAUCUGUCUCUUCCCCAUGUGCAUGGUGUAGUGAUUUUGUAGGAGUUCAAUGUUCUUUCUUUUACUGGGUUUCAGUUACCCAGGAUCAGAUUGGAUCUUAGACAAGGUUAUGUGGAACCAUUGCAAUUUCUAGCUAUGUAAUGUUUAUUUUUUUUAUUUUGAGAACGCUAGGUAAGUCUAGUUUUUUUUGGUAGCAAUGCACAUGAGUGUCUAUCAGAUCAGUUGCCUCUUUUAGUACUAUUAAAUUUAUUACGGAGUA